AUGGCAAACUGUUUGGGUGUAGCUUUGGUGUUUGCUUUGGCAUGUUGUCUUGUAGAUGCUAGGUUAAACUUUGGGGAGAAGCCUAAAGGUAGCGAACCUCCUCCAUCGGGACAAACUCCACCUAUUAUAAAUUCUCCGCCACCACCAUCAUUUCGACACAUCUAUUUUGGCGAGAAGCCAAAAGGUGGAGAACCUCCUCCAUCCGGGCAAACUCCACCUAUUAUAAAUUCACCGCCGCCACCAUCAUUUCGACACAUUCAUUUUGGCGAGAAGCCUAAAGGUGGAGAACCUCCUCCAUCCGGGCAAGCUCCACCUAUUAUAAAUUCGCCGCCGCCACCAUCAUUUCGACACAUUCAUUUUGGCGAGAAGCCUAAAGGUGGAGAACCUCCUCCAUCCGGACAAGCUCCACCUAUUAUAAAUUCACCGCCGCCACCAUCAUUUCGACACAUUCAUUUUGGCGAGAAGCCUAAAGGUGGAGAACCUCCUCCAUCCGGGCAAACUCCACCUAUUAUAAAUUCACCGCCGCCACCAUCAUUUCGACACAUUCAUUUUGGCGAGAAGCCUAAAGGUGGAGAACCUCCUCCAUCCGGGCAAGCUCCACCUAUUAUAAAUUCACCGCCGCCACCAUCAUUUCGACACAUUCAUUUUGGCGAGAAGCCUAAAGGUGGAGAACCUCCUCCAUCCGGGCAAACUCCACCUAUUAUAAAUUCACCGCCGCCACCAGCAUUUCGACAUAUUUAUUUCGGCGAGAAGCCUAAAGGUGGAGAACCCCCUCCAUCCGGGCAAGCUCCACCUAUCAUAAAUUCACCGCCGCCACCAUCAUUUCGACACAUUUAUUUUGGCGAGAAGCCUAAAGGUGGAGAACCUCCUCCAUCCGGGCAAGCUCCACCAAUUAUAAACUCACCGCCGCCGCCAGCAUUUCGACACAUUUACUUUGAUGAGAAGCCAAAAGGUGGAGAACCUCCUCCAUCCGGACAAACUCCACCUAUCAUAAAUUCACCACCACCGCCAUCAUUUAGACAUAUAAGUUUUGGAGAAUUGCCUUAA